GGAACGGAAACGUGAUACUUGAGGGACCGAAGGCAGCAAGGUUUAGGGGAACGGGCAAGCGGGACCUGGGCUCGGGGUCGGGGGAGGUCUAACCUUUCGCCCCUGUGCGUGCCCCCACUGUGGGCUCUGGUUAGCUCUGCCCCGCGAUUCCCCAAGGAUGCUGUCCCACCCACUAGUGUUCUUCUGCCCCACGAACUGUCCUGGACCCUCACAACCCCUCUUCCUGAGUCUCCCAGCUGCUGACCUCACUCUUCUCUGUCGCCAAGUCACUGACAUGCAGCUGUUUGUCCGUGCCCGGGAGCUGCACACUCUUGAAGUGACCGGCCUGGAGACAGUUGCCCAGAUCAAGGCUCAUGUGGCCUUCCUGGAGGGCCUCACCACUGAAGACAAAGUCGUGCUUCUGGCAGGUUCUCCCCUGCAGGAUGAAGCCGCCCUGGGUCAGUGUGGGGUAGAAGCCCUGGCAACCCUGGAAGUGGUUGGCCGAAUGCUAGGAGUGGGAAAACGAAAGAUGGAUCGAGAGCAUCGCAUGUUUCAAGAAAAGUGGGAACGAGCAUAUUUCUUUGUGGAAGUUAAGAACAGCCCCGUGUGUUUAAUAUGUAACCAGACUUUGUCUGUGUCAAAAGAAUACAACUUAAGACGCCAUUACGAGGCAAACCAUAGCAAGCACUUUGACCGGUAUACGGAAGAGAUGCGUGAUGAAAAACUUAGCGAACUAAAGAAAGGACUAAAGUUUCUUCAGCAUCUGUCAUCAAAUACAAAUAAACUAAGUGAUGCUGCUGUGAAAUGCAGUUAUGUCAUAAGUGAGAAAAUUGCCCGGGCAUCGAAACCUUUUACAGAUGGUGAGUUUAUAAAAGACUGUCUCUUGAGUGCUGCGGAAAUCCUGUGUCCAGAGCAGAAACCGGCAUUUGCCAACAUAAGUCUAACUGGAAACACUGUUGCUCAGCGAGUAAAAGAUAUGGCUGAGAACCUACAGGACAAGUUGCGAGAAAAAGUGAAAUCAUUUGUGACAUUUUCUAUUGCAGUUGAUGAGAGCACGUACAUAAAUAAUACGAGGCAGUUGAUUAUAUUUAUCCGGGGUGUUGAUGAGAAUUUUGACAUCACUGAAGAACUUUUGGACAUGGUGCCCAUGACAGACCCAACAUCUGAGAAUGACCUGUUUUUGUAUGUUGAGAAAAGUCUUGAAAAGUUUAAUGUUGACUGGUCAAAACUAGUAAGUGUAACCACAGAUGGUGCUCCUGCGAUGGUCUGUGAUAACACUGGACUUGUGGCAAAACUUAAGUCCAAGGUCAAAAUGUUUUUCAAGGAUGCAGAGCUUAAAUCUAUCCACUGCAUUAUUCACCAGGAAUUGUUUUGUACUAAAAAGUUAAAGCUAGAACAUGUCAUGGACGUAGUGAUUAACACAGUGGACUGGAUACGCACCCGGGGCUCCAACCACAGGCAGUUCAGGGCUUUGCUUGAGGAACUGAAUGCCCAAUACGGUAAUCUCCUUUACUAUACAAAGGUAAGGUGGCUUAGUCGUGGCAUGGUGCUGAAGAGAUUUUUUGAAUUGAUAAAAGAGAUAGAUGUGUUCAUGUCUUCCAAGGGCAAACCCCUUCCCCAGCUCACCAGCGAAGACUGGAUCAGAGACCUGGCCUUUUUAGUUGACAUCACAAACCAUCUGAACACUUUGAAUAUCUCCCUUCAGAGACGUUCACAAGUAGUGACACAAAUGUAUGAUUCAGUUUGCUCUUUCCUCGCAAAAUUGAGUCUCUGGGAAGCUCAUUUGGCUGCAAAUAAUCUGGCUCACUUUCCUACACUGAAAUCGGUUUCCAGAAACGAACGUGAUGGCUUAAUCUACAUCCCCAAAAUUGCGGAGUUAAAGAUGGAAUUCCAAAAAAGGUUCUUUGAUUUCAAACAUUGUGAAAAUGAACUCAUACUGUUUAGCUCACCUUUCUCAAUUAACAUCGAUAGUGUUAAUGAAGAAUUACAAAUGGAAGUUAUUGAACUGCAGUGUAAUACGGUAUUAAAAACGAAAUAUGAUGACAUUGGAAUACCAGAAUUCUACAAAUACCUCAGCAAGAGUUACCCCAAAUAUAGAAAACAUUGUGCAAAAAUUCUGUCCAUGUUCGGAAGCACCUAUGUCUGUGAACAGCUGUUUUCUGUUAUGAAAUUGAGUAAAACUAAGUUUCGCUCCCAAUUAAAGGAUACAGGAUUACACAUUGCGACUCGAAAUAUGAGACCAGACAUUGACAUCUUGAUGCAGAAAAAAAGGUGUCAGGUUUCUGGUUCCAAAUCAAAGGAAUAACAGAUUAUGAGCAAAAAUUUUAAUAAUUAAAAGAUUUCUAUUUUUCAACAUGUAUUUUUAAAUUUUGUCUUUGAAACACCCAGUAUUAUAACCUUUAUAUGUUACACACUUGCAGUGUGGUUCGAUUGCAAAAAAAAAAAAGUUCAGGUUGUUUGUUUUUCCCUCGGCGUUUGAUUUUUCAUAUACUGGGGCCUGUUACGCUUGCUUGUCUAACCUACUUGGCUACCCAACUUUAGUUUGAGACUUCGGCCUGAUGGAGCUGGUUGCCAUACUUCGUGUUUGUUUUCCUGCUUGUCUCAAGCCAGGGAAAAACCGUCACUUGCUGCCUCGAGCAAAAUGCCUGAGCUGUAGACUUCUUACGCAUCUUUGAGCCAGGUUGUGCUAUUUAUCAAUUACUUGCUUCUCCGCUCCAAAUUCAUUCUUUGUUGUCUGCUCUCUAAAAAUGGAUCUGGGCCCUUUAAAUAUCUUUCCUCUGACAGCAGGCCUGAUGUUAAGCUUUGUCAGUGGAGGGCACUGGAGACACGUUUCAAAAGGAAGGAGUUUUCCUUCCUGGUUUGCUCAGUUGGCCGACUCCUGCAGUGCAGCUGAUGUCUCCAGCACCAGUGUCCUGCAG